CGCGUGUGGAAGGACGAGAGCAGACGUGACCGCCAUGACCACGAAGUGGCAGGUCACGGGCUGCAUGCUUCAGAUGGACGGUUGGUCUAAUAGACGCAAUCGCCCCCAUCUGAAUGUGAUGGUGUCGUCCCCGAUCAGGACUGUCUUUUGGAAAUCAGUGCGCAUGGAGGGGAAAGAAAAAGACUCGAAGGCGUAUUUCAAGAUCCUUGAUGGAGUGAUCAAGGAGAUCGGGUCAAACGCAGUGGUUGGCGUUGUUAUGGACAAUGCAAGAGUGUGUGUGAAGGCGGGUAAGAUGGUGGAGGCCGCUUACCCUCAAAUUUUUCGUGUCGGUUGCACAGCGCAUGCCCUCGAUUUAGCACUCGAGGACAUGUACAAGCAGCUCGGUUGGCUGGCGGUGGUCGUCGACGCCGACAAUGUAGUCGGCAAAUUCUUCACGUAUGUGGACAAGGCGAGGGCUAUGUUCGACAAAUUCUCGCCGAAUUUGAAGUUGAAGCGGCCGGCGGUCACGCGAUUUGCCACAAGUCACGACAUGUCGCUUUCCAUGACAAUGAGGCAGCAGCAGCAGGCUACAGGCGGCGAGUCGUCGGCAUCCUCAUCUUCCUCGUCGGACGAUGAGGAUGCAAGUGGAAGUGGGGUGGAGUCCAUGGAACACGGCGAAGGAGACGGGGACGGCACGGGUGAUAGUUCGGAGGGUAGCGAGGGGCAAUCCGGGGAGGAAGAGGAAGGAGACGGCGGGGAGGAGUAGGAGAGAGCAUCAGAGCUCACUCCUGCAAACUUUGAAAGUGGGUAGUUUAGUUUUCAAUUCCAGAAC